AUGGAAACAACCACUACCCACACCGGCUCUCAUCUAGCCAUACCCGACACCGCCUCUCCAGGUCUCGUUUUCUUGAAGCACUUCCUCCCCGUCCUCGACUCUCUCGAAGUCAACAGCGAAACCUCGCUCGCUCUGACCGCCGUCCUCGCCCCGGGCGCAACCUUCACCGUGAACGGUGGGCCACCGCAGACGACAGAGCAGAUCUUGCCCAUGCUGCUCAUGAGAGCGCAAAAGCUCGCCGCCUUUGGACACAACGUGUCGCAGGCCUGGGAUAUACCCUCUGCCAACGGCGGCGGCGGGCGCACCCUCAUGUACGAGGGCACGAGCUCGACUGUGUUCAAGGAGGAUCCUGAGGGGCUGGAGGUCAAGGUCGCCGAGUUCAAUAUCGUGGAGCUCGUCCCGGUCGGCCAAGCCGAGGGUGGAUUUGCUGGUUUUCGUGCGGCUGAGCUACGGACGUUCAUGGAUGCGGCGCCUGUCACGGAGAGGGCGGCAAUGAUCUUCAAGCAGUGA